CGUGAUUAAAGUUGUAUACUAUAUUUCAAGUAGGUUAUACAGAUAAGCUUGUAUUAGGAUACAACACGCCAAGACACAAAUGUGCUUUUAUAGAACUGUGAAUGUAUUUGAAGCCCAAAAUACCACGGUCUAGAUUUGCGCACUUGUUAAAUACGAUAAGACGAACAACAAACCAGUAACAGGAAGGUGACAUAACCGUUACAGUCUGGUUAAAGUCUCUUGUCUCCUUGAACUGUAUGAGGAUGUUGUAAUGUACAUACAGACAUGGUAAAAAAUACACAGUAAAUGGAGUUCAAGUUCCUGCUAGUGAUAUGUGUCGUUGUACUUUUGAAUCUACUUUUAAAAGCAUCGGUUGGUGAGAGCUGCGACAGUGUUGUUGAAGAAAGGCAUGGGUUGGUGUUAUACUGCAGAACAUUCUUCACGAUGGGCCUGAAAUGGGUCGUGGAAAUCAACAACACUAGGAUUAAUGUCGGAGAGUGUACGUAUAGUUACCGAUCACAAGCACUUCAGUGCCGGCUCGCAUCGUCUAACCUUUACGAUGACUAUGACAUUGGGAUUGUCCCAAAUGCAAGUUCCCAGUUCACAUCCUACUUAACAGUGUAUCAAGUUCCGAGAGAGCUGACUAAAGUCAGGUGUAUACCUCUCUUACCAGUCCUCACUACCGGUUCUACAUGUGCGAUUACAGUCGUAGUGCGACCGUACAAAACACUUUGCAACAGCUCCUUAACAAACUCUGGUCAAACAUUUCAAGUCACCUGCAGAUUCCUGGUCUACCCAAAAGGCACGUGCAGUCUCAACUCACAGUUCGUACUCCCUGAUACAGACCAGCUACAGCUACAAACAACCUACAGUCACGAGCAAGUCAAUGGGAAACCACUCUACCAGACAACAUGCACCAUAGAGGGGAUCGUCCACAACGUACUGUACUCGCCCUUUAGAGUCGAGGCCCACCCGGACGUGGAGAAUGGCGACAAGUAUUCAACACUCAGUGAUUGGAUCUCGCUCGAUAACUUUGACCAGACACUGGUGUUUACUGUCAACAAAUUGACUACGGACAUCAGCGUCAAAAAACAGCAACAAGUCAACUUCCUGUGUUACGUCAACAACAUCCCCGACCUGACCCUCACACUGUACAAGGGCGACCUCCGCCAGGUGAUAUACAGAAGUCCAGUGGUCAAUACGCUUCAGUACACCCUGUACAUGACGUCAUGCAGUGACUCAGACGUGUACAUCUGUCGGACAGAUAAUGACAUCAUCAUUGAGAAAAGGAUCACCGUCAUCCUAAACUCUUGUGGAACAGAGGACACGUCAACAACAUACACUAUCGUCGUUUACGUUGCUUUGCCUCUCUGCCUCAUCAUCCUCAUCGUUAUUGUUACCAUUUCUGUCGUCUGCAUUAGACGAAAGAUAAAACUACGCAACGCCCUCCUAGAGGCUCAGGCCCGUAGAACUGGUGACAUCAAUAUGACAGCUUUCCCGAGCAGAACCUCGAGAGGAUGUUCCAGGGGGCGCGGACGCUCAUGCCAUAGAGGUCAUCGGUCAAGAAAUCCACACGUAACAAACCAGCCAUCUUAUGACGUCAGAUACACGGCUAACCCCCCGUCAUACAGCUCUAUUUUCCAUACAAGCUCGAACAAUGACGUCAUACCGUCGGCGGAUAUUCCCGCAUUUUACCCUCUUUCCCCGCCGUACGAAACUGUAUACACUCAAGUCGAGGGCGAACAUCAAAGUGCUGUCCCUCAAUGUAAUCAAGAAAACAACAAGCCUGGUGAUUCAAUAAUCGACCUACCCCCUCCAUAUCCAGGAAGUUAAAUGAUACUUCGUAUCGCCUUUCACUAACACUAAUACUGUUUUUAUAUGAAACAUGUUAAGCACAUUUAUACGUCAUUAUAAAACCCAUAUAAGAGAAUCUGACAUUCUAUGUUAACAAGUUGCCUAUUUAUCUUUUAUGUUCUGAUAUUGACGUUUACGGUGCAGGAGGAAUAAAACUAUUGCUCUCACUGUAUACAAAAAGGUGUGGCUAAAUGGGACUAAUGGGCUAAUUGCCUCCAGAAGCGUAGCGACCCUUCCCGGCGCCCGGGGACAAACUUUUGGAUUUGCACCCCCCCCCCUCGAGAUUUCGAUUUGCACCCCCCUCAAACUUUCGAUUUGCACCCGCCCCCCUCCUCAAACUUUCAAUUUGCACCCCCCUCGAGAUUUUAAUUUGCACCCCCCUCAAACUUUCGAUUCGCACCCCCCCUCAACCUUUCAAUUUAUUUUUCCAACCCAUUUUGGCGCCCCCUAAGGUCGGCGCCCGGGGACAUGUCCCCCCCCCCCCGCCCCCCCACCCCUGCCCCCUCGCUACGCUACUGAUUGCCUCAGCCAUACCGAUUAGGAUAUAAGACAAAAACACAGUCCGCAUUGUGACACCAUCCACCUAUAAGCUAUAUGUAUGUACACGUUUUAGACCUUAAGAUACGUAUUUAUGUAGAGAUUUUUUUUAAUAUGUUAUACACAAAUUUAUUUGAAUACUUUAAUUAAAUUAAUGAUAUAUCCAUAAGUACAACACACAAUAAAUUAUACAACUUGAGAACAAUAACUCUGCAUUAUUUACAACAUGGUGUCCACAGAAAUAAAGAAUUAAUUUUUUAAUACAGAAGUUGUAAGCUGAGGAAUGACCUCUUUAAAAUGUGUAUAGUCAAGUUGCCUUUCUGACCUGUUGUGACAUGGGGCAGGGGAGGUAGAUUUGACCUGUUUCUGAGACUCAGCUGACAUUGGUGUUUUUUUUUUUUUUAAACAUGUUAAAAACAUGCUUUGCGAUUGUAAGGACAUCUUGUAAACAAUGUUUCUUCCAGGCGUUUUUCUCCGGGAGGGAUGAGGGGGGGAGACACUUAAUAUUUUCAGAC